UUACAUAAUAAUAAUCGUUUAAAAGUUGCGAUAUUAUAAUAGAAGUCUUAAUUUAUGCCAUUAUGCAUGUCUAAUCAACGAUAUGUUCAUUACGUAGACGUAUACUUAUAUCUCAAUGCCCCCUGCACUAUAUCAUCUGUCAUGCUAAAUGUCAAUUUUAAUUUGUUGUGUAUUUUCUGUUUACUUGUUUACUUACAGAUCGGCUGAUGACUUGCCUUCAAGAUACUAAUUCAUGCCUUAAAACAAUUAUCAGUUUUUCAACACGUGCUUAUUUAUAUUAUAUACUGAAUUUGAAAAAAAGUAUAGAAAAUUAGUAAAGGGGAUAUUUACACGCGUGAUUUUAUAUAUAUUAUAUAUUGUUUACGCGUCUAUGUAAGUAUAACAAUGCUUUGUUUCUCUGUGAAACUUGAACUUGAAACUGUGAUUGAUUUAUAGCAUGGCUUUAUAUAAAUGGUCCCCGACGUCUCGCUGACGUUCAUUUUGAGUAGUGAUCAACCCUUGUCGACAUUUCCACAGGUAAACCAGCCAGAAAUGGAAACGGCAAUGUUAAAAGUUUUUCUGCUGUUAGUUUUAAUCAACGUAACGAUGGGAGGAUGGAGGCCUUAUCCCCGGACCGAAAUUUGCACGGCACCCCCAGAGAUUGGACCCUGUUAUGCAUAUUUAGAACGGUUUUUCCAUGUCAAUGGAUUGUGUCUCCCUUUUGUGUAUGGCGGAUGUGAAGGAAAUGCCAACAACCACGAGACCUUCCAAGAUUGUUUACAAGCAUGCGUUUUCCCAAGACCGCCAAGGCCGUUUUAUUAACAUCACAAUAAAUGAAUAUUAUUCUAAAGCCUUAAAGAACACUUAAUACAUUUACGAAUUUAUAAUCAGCCCGUUCCGGUAAAAAUUGAGCAAAAUAAA